AUGAUGAUGAUGAUGAUGAGUAAUUUUAAUAAAUCUUUUAGAAAAUGUUAACAACUAGGAAUAAACGAAAAAUCACUUCUUACUUCUCUGAUAGCCAUGAAUCCAAAACUCAAGAAAAGCCUAAUUUUGAAUGUUUAUAUGGUCGAAUGAAGAAUAUAUCCCACAAGGAAUUGUUUGUCCAAUAUGGUGUUGUUUUUGAUAAAAAAGAGGCUGACCAGAUAUUUCAGACACUUGAAAAAAAUAUUGUUUAUGAUAAAAGUAGCCAGGUUAAGAUGUUUGGUAAAUUUAUCAAUGUGCCGAGAAAACAAACAGCAUUUGGUGAUCAAGGUUUAAGUUAUACUUUUUCUGGUGUUACUGUUUUUGCUCAAUCUUGGUUACCUUUUAUGCAGAAGUUAAAAGAAAUUGCUGAACAACUAACGAUGACAUCUUUCAACUUUGUAUUAGUUAACAGAUAUGAUAAUGGAAAUGACUAUAUGGGUUUCCAUCAAGAUAAUGAAAAAGAUUUAGAUGCUCAUGCCCCAAUAGCCUCAUUUUCUUUUGGUCAAGACCGAGACUUUAUUUUUAAGUAUAAGAAAAAUAAAAGCAAUAAAUCAUAUGAAAAUGUGACAUUUCAUCUGGGACAUGGAAGUCUGCUUAUAAUGCAUCCGCCAACAAAUGAUUUGUGGUACCACUCUUUACCAAAGCGAUCGGUAAAGACAUGCCCGAAUCCAAGAAUUAAUUUAACUUUUAGAAAAAUGAAUUUGAAAUUUUAGCAUAUGAUUAUAUUAUGCAAAAUGUAUAUGUAUAUAUUUUUAUCUCCCAAAGCUGAGUGGCCAUUAUCAAUUUGAA